CUUUACAGAGGAGAGAUUGUGUUCAAGCUGGACAGACAGGGAUGCUGUUGCUAGGUUACAGGGAAGGGGCAUCCAUCUUUAGUAGCUUGCUCCAGAUAGAGAAAAAACACAAGGUUAGGAUAAAUGUUCCUUUCAAACUGAAGGGAAACGGACACUUUUCCAGGAAAAGAUACAGAAUAAGAAAACAGAGACGUGACCUCAGGUGAGAUUGUGCAGUCAAUGCUUCAGACGGGCCAGGGCUGCAUUCACACGUCUGGGAUUAUGUGGUGGUCGUGAAGAGAAUGCUGCAUCCCCUCAAUCUAAAUCAUCCACCUGGCCCGGUGUUAGACUGAUAGACACCUUUUCUUCAUCAACCUCGACCCAGAGGAGAACCACAGACACCAACAGUGAUAAAGAGACAGACAGACACAAAAGGAGAGAGAGAUGUGGAGAGAAUAAUUUGAGUUUUUUCUUCUAUUAUUACCACAAUGGAUUUAUUCGUGAAAACUCAACAGGCCUAAAGACUGCAGAGACAUCACAGAAACUCAACACUAGUGCAAGAAAAACAUCUGCUUGAACUUGAGACUUGAGGAUGGGAACGACUGAAGCCACUUUACGCAUGGAGAACAUGGAGGUGAAAGACGAGUGGCAGGAUGAUGAUUUCCCGCGAUAUAUUAAUGUUAUAUUUGGUUCGAAUGACAGGCCUCUACCUGAGGAUGGUGAUCUGGAGGGACUCACUGAUGACUCUAGUCAUCUUGGAGCUCUGACUGCCCAUCAUUUGGACUCUGUCCACCGUAAGCGUCGCACGCUGGUUGCUCCAGAGAUAAACCUGUCACUGGACAAGAGUGAAGGCUCUCUGCUGUCUGAAGACUUUCUGGAAACUCCAGAUGAUCUUGAUAUAAACGUGGACGACAUUGAGACUCCAGAUGAUGACUCUCUUGGAUCAACCAACAAUGGCAAUGAACUGGAAUGGGAAGAUGACACUCCAGUGGCCAGUGCGAAAGGUUCGGCUGGUGAUGAGGGUGAAGGUGCAGGGCGUCUCUGGAGAACUGUGAUCAUUGGAGAUCAGGAGCACAGAAUAGACAUGCAGGUGAUCAAACCUUACCUGCGUGUCGUCACACAUGGAGGUUACUACGGUGAAGGCCUGAAUGCUAUCAUUGUAUUUGCUGCCUGUUAUUUACCUGACAGCGGCUGUACAGACUACAGUUACAUCAUGGAAAAUCUCUUUCUAUAUGUGAUCAGUAGUCUUGAGCUGCUGGUAGCUGAAGAUUAUAUGAUCAUCUAUCUGAAUGGAGCGACACCACGCAGACGAAUGCCAGGACUCAGCUGGCUGAAGAGAUGCUAUCAGAUGAUCGAGAGACGGUUAAGGAAAAACCUCAAAGGUCUGAUCAUCGCUCAUCCAUCCUGGUUCAUUCGUACGGUUCUUACCAUCUCAAGACCAUUUAUCAGUGUUAAGUUUAUGGAUAAGAUCCGUUACGUUCAGAGUCUGGAGGAGCUGGCUCAGAUUGUUCCCAUGGAGCAUGUGCAGAUUCCUGAAUGUGUGCUGCAAUAUGAUGAGGAGCGAGUUAAAUCUCAGAGCGACAGGCUUGAACAGCUGGCCAAGACAUCAGAGAGGGCGUCGUCAGUAGCUGAAGAGGCGUGUCCUUGACAUCUCACAUGGGGAACACAUCUAUGCGUGACAUUUUCCAAAGAUGUAUCUGUAAGCAAACACAGUGAUGCUUUUCAAACAUCUGUCCACGGUGACAUUUUCCAUAAACACUCAGUCACCCUUUUUCCCUGAAUCAUUUUAAAUCUAGAUCACAACAUGAGAGAAAACAAACUGGACUCUAAUGAAACAAACUUUUCCAAUGCUUGUUUGUUUUUCAAGGGGAACAUCUGUGCAAACUCAAACAUUGUGUCUAAUACUUAAAAUAUGUAUUUUUGUUGUACAUAUGUAAAAUAUGUGUGUGUGUUUUUUUUAUUGUCCAAGACAUAAGUUCAAACCAGUAAGACUACUAUACUUUAAUCAGUUGUUCUUGUCUUGGUGGUUUAACUUGCCAACCACUUUAACAACCCUGAGAUUCAUUCUGUUACACAACACUGCAGUUUGCAGGUUAUGAAACCAGAAUCAACUCUCUUUACUUUUUUAAAUCAUGUUUCUGUUCAUAUUGGGCCUGAUACACCAGAAGUGGAGAGCGGGGCCAUAAAUAAAAAAUUUCAAAUCAUUUUAAAAGCUAAUGUUUUAGACAGGGAUAUAUUUUUGCUGUGGUCAAUAACUCACAAGUGUGGUCUAUCAAUCCCAGGUGAAAUUUUGAUCAAAUGUAAAACAGCUUUAGUAUAAUUUCACUUUUAAUUUCUCGCAUUGUUACUUUUGAGCCUGUCAGCUGGUACAGUUUGAAAGUAACAUACAUGUGGGCAAAAGUAACACAAUUUUUUGUGUUACACUUGUUUUUAGUAAAUAUACAUGUGACCUUGUUUAUUUGUAGCUGCAAGCAUAUUUUGUCAUUUAUCUUUGCAAAAAAUAAUGAAAUUACAUUUUCAUUUUAACAUUUAGUUUCAUCAAAUGUUUCAACAGCAACCUGAAUUGUUGAGAAUAAAACAUGUUUUUCAACAGUCUGAAUAUAAUGAAAAUUAAAAUGUAUUAAAUGAGGAUAAUAUAAAUUCUCAAAAUAAUGCAAGUGUUCCUUUCGUCCCGACAGGAACUUCUUACAUUUAAACCCGAUUUACUUUAAUACUGAAUAACUUUAGGAUGUGUUACAGCACUAAAUAACCUGUAGAUUGAUCAGUGCUGUCACACGUGAAACCAGAAACAACACUUUCUGGACCAGUAGGAAACAAUUAUGAAAUAACGCAAUAUUUGUCAGCUCUGUCAAGGGUUGCGUGCUGUCAUAUUUUGAAAUGCAAAUGUAGUCAGAGCCAUUGGCUGCCGGUGACUUCUUUUUAUAAGGGUGCUCGAUGCGAAGUUCAUCACAACAUGUAUGUAGCCCAUCAUGUUUGUGGUUCGUAAUUUCAAAAUAUGUGUUCGGCGCGUCGAUGAACCUAUGUGCAUCACGUGUCUUGUCAAAAUAAGUGCCCAUCUAAAGGGUUUAUGAUAAAAGAGACGCUCAUGUUUGCCAGAUACUCGCAUAAUCUCAUGCAUAUUAAGAGUUGACUGUUUGUGAACGUGAGCGUCUCUUUUAUCAUACAUGGUUUUGACACAUGUGCAGCAGGCACUUAUUUUGACAAAACACGUGAUGCACAUGGGUCACACAUGAUGCAACAAACACAUAUUUUGAAAACGCAAGCAACACACAUGACACUCCGAACACUUUGAAUUUGCGCCCCUCGGAAGAGCAGUCACGAGCCGUCACUGGUCAGAGCUCUGAGAAAAUCACUUUGUUACUUUCACCCCGGUUCUCCCCUAAAUGUUAUUGCAACGAAAAAGACAGUAUUUAAAAUGUUUAAAAUCAAAUACAAAUAACUUGGUCCACCUCUGUAAUAUAUUAUUUUGAAGAUAUUGUCACCUAGGUCAUGCAAGCUGUUGGAUAAUGUUAAACAGUAAUGGCAGGUAAUGAAAUAACUUGUAAUCUCUUACUGAAGAAAUCUGCUCACAGUAGGCUACACUGUUUUCUUGUGAAGGAUCUUUAUGAAGUUCCUUUAAAGCAACCUGUGUGUGUGUGUGCGUGCGUGCUUGCGUGUGUGUUUGAGUGGUGUGUGUUUACCUGAGAUAACUGAGAUUCUGACUUCAAGAGAAACAAUACACUAGCAUUUUAUUUUUUUAUUACGGCAAAUUUUUUUAUAUAAUACAAUUCUUAACCAUGUAUUAAUGAACUGAUAUGCCUUUUAUUAUAAAUUAACUUUUAGAGUUAAAAUGUUUUUUUACAUUUAACCCUUGCAGGUAUGUUUGUAACAUCUUGAUCCUGCACUUUAGUAACAUAUUUUACUUUUUUGUAGAUAAAGCAGUUUUAUCUGCUUUUUUAACAUUCACCCUUACUGGUGUGAGUUGUGGAUUUACUCAAGAUCAUCAUUUUAACAUCAUGGAUAUCUGUCUUUAACACAGAUGUCUGUCUUUUCUGGUCAAGUCUUGAAGAUUUCGAUCGCCUCACAAAUAUAGGUUGCUUUAAAGAAGCUCAGAUCUUAAGUUAUCUUAAAUCAUGCAUACAUUACUCUGUCCUGUAAAUACUGUGGCUCUGAAUUUGAGGUCAAAUGUGUCAGGCAGCAGUUAACUGAGCCCCUGUGUUUGUUGUUUAACUGAGGUUUGUUAAUAUAAUGUAAUGUAAUGUAGGUCAGGGCUAUGUUUGCAAUAGAAAACUUACACACUGUAAAAUGCACAUUAUUUUUAUUCAACGGUCUUGUAAUAUAUUUUUUAAAAUGGUGUAAAACAGUACAUCUGAUGCAUGCAUGCAAGUGGUGUUUAGUCAUACGGUUUUAGUUUAUUCUUAAAUAAAAUGAUUAAACAAUGCAUUCAGAUGAUGUUAAAAAUAAAAGUUGAUAUCAUUUCCAUGUGACAUUACACUGUUAAUGAACACAUUUUAUUUUAAAAAAGCAGUAUUCCAGUAAAUGUGAUCUUUUGGCAAAUGCCGUCAGUCUUCCGGGUUUUUCGUGCAUGCAGGGUACCACAGUAAUAAUUGUAUGAUAGUUUUCUAUUACAAAUAUGGUCAGAAUGUCAUCCUCUGAAUUGACUGUAAUAAGUUCAUGUACAUAAGUAUGUAAUUCAACACUAGAGUACAAACUCAUGUGUGCUUCCAACACAAAGUGACAUCACAGGAGGCGGAGCUUAUUAACCCUCCCCUCAGAAAGCCUUAUGAGUAUAUGGAAAUAGUUUAUCUACAAACAGUUAGUUAGCUAUGGGUAGGAAGACAGAAAUUGAUGGUGUACAGGAGAACUGUAUUGAUUUUAUUCUCUGUAUAAUGGCCAAUAAUAGGAAUUCUUAUUGUAGGCCUUGAUAUUUGUGCUGAGGGGGUAAUUUUUGCCACAUUAUUGUAUAAUGUACCUUAACUGAUUGUUUUUAACGCACGGCGUAUAAAUCAUUUGUAUCAUAUAAUGUGCAAUAAGUGAAGGAGUCACUAAUACUGAUGAUGUGAACAUUUAA